GACAGGGAACGGCCAGGGCACCCAGCGACACGGGCACGGUCACAGGGAUGCAGCACCUCCGCUGCCAGGAAGGGCUGAGAGAAUCGGGGCUGUCCAACCUGGCGUGGGGGUGACCUAAUUGUGGCUCUCCAGUACGUCAAGGGGACUCACAGCAAGGAUGGGGCAGGGCGAUUUACAAGAGAGUGCAGUGACAGGACAAGGAGAAUGCGUUCAAAUGGAAAGAGGGCAGGUUUAGGUUAGAUACCAGGCGAAUGUCCGCUGCGCGGGCAGCGAAGCUCUGGCACAGGCUGCCCAGACAAGCCGUGGUUGCCCCGUGCCUAGAAAUGUGCAAGGCCAGGCUGGACAGGGCCGGGAACAACCUGGGGCAGUGGCAGGUGUCCCUGCCCACGCCAGGGGUGAAUUCUGGGGUCACGUCCCCCCCAAACCCCUCCGGAUCCCGCGCGGCCGGAGCGCUGCGCACGGUGCGCAGAGUGCGUACGCCAAGUGCGCAGCGCCGAGCGCAGCGCCCCGCCCCCGGCCCGCCCGGAUGACGGUGCGGGUUCUGCCGGAGCCAUGAGCUACGACCGCGCCAUCACCGUCUUCUCCCCGGACGGGCACCUCUUCCAGGUGGAGUACGCGCAGGAGGCGGUCAAGAAGGGCUCCACCGCGGUUGGAGUAAGAGGGAAGGAUAUUGUUGUCCUUGGUGUGGAGAAGAAGUCAGUGGCAAAACUGCAGGAUGAGAGAACUGUGCGGAAGAUCUGUGCUCUGGAUGAUAAUGUCUGCAUGGCUUUUGCAGGGCUGACAGCUGAUGCCAGGAUAGUCAUAAACAGAGCUCGGGUGGAGUGCCAGAGCCACAGGCUCACCGUGGAGGAUCCUGUCACUGUGGAGUACAUCACACGCUACAUUGCCAGCCUGAAACAGAGGUACACGCAGAGCAAUGGCCGCAGACCCUUCGGGAUCUCCGCCCUCAUCGUGGGCUUUGACUUCGAUGGGACCCCACGGCUGUACCAGACUGACCCCUCUGGCACCUACCAUGCUUGGAAGGCUAAUGCCAUUGGCAGAGGAGCCAAAUCUGUGCGUGAGUUCCUGGAGAAAAACUACACUGAUGAGGCCAUUGAAACGGAUGAUCUGACUAUUAAACUUGUCAUCAAGGCUCUUCUGGAGGUGGUGCAGUCUGGUGGGAAGAACAUUGAGCUGGCGGUCAUGAGACGGGAGCAGCCACUGAAGAUCCUAAACCCUGAAGAAAUUGAGAAGUAUGUGGCUGAAAUUGAAAAGGAAAAGGAAGAAAAUGAAAAGAAAAAGCAGAAGAAAACAUCAUGAUGAAUGAAAUGCACCUGCUUAGCUGCUUCUUUUUAAUUCAAGUGAUGGGUUAUUCUGUAUAGACAUGUAGGCAUUCCAGUUACUCAUACUGUGCUCUCUUGAGACCUACAAUAAACCUACUGAUUUUUUUUUAAAGCUGUUAUUUAAAAAAAACCAAAACAACCUGUCUGUUCCUUGGAUUUUAAUUACACAGGAUGAUCUGGUUGGCUACAGAACAGCAGCAGUGACCCAUUAAAGGACAGAGACUUUGCUUGCA